AUGAAGACACUCGGCAUUGUUUGCUUGCUCGCGCUUUCGGCCGCUCCGCGUGUGCUUGCCCAGGACGGCGGCGCUAGUACCGACAAUUCGCUGGUGUCAGCUGGUUCCAGCACCAAUGCCGACCCGACCACAUCCGAGCCGCCAGCGACGGCUUCAUCGCCUGACGCCAACACUACUCCCGAUGGUAGUGCUCAAACCACUGGCAAUUCCAGCAGCGCUUUGACUGCGCCAGUCUUGAGUAGCACCGCCAUACUUGAAUCGUCUAUUGCCACCACGCCUGUUUCCUCGGCAGUAGAGCUAAUCACGCCCACUACGUCUGAGGCACCAGUGACCAGCUCGUCUACACCUAGUACUAAUACUUCAGUGACUUCCACCGCCACCUCCACCACCUUACUCCACACAUCUGUUGAUUUUACCACGACCGAUCUACCAACGACCGAUAUAGUCGAUACGACCACCACACCCCAAACAUCUGAGCCGUCUACGACGGAGGCAGCCGACGCGACUACAUCUGAUGCGCCGACGAUUUCCGAAAUUGACUCAACUGCUGAUACUAACGCCGACACCACACCCUCCGCCUCCCAACCAUCCACAACAUCCACUGAUUCCACUUCAGUAGCUGAUACCACCACCUCUGUCUCGUCCACCACUGAGUCAUCGGCGUCCACAUCGAGCUCUAUCUCCCCCACCACCCCCACAUCCACCACCCCCACUGAAAAAUCUGAUACUAAUACCAACAGCACACCUGAUACGACCUCUUCCUCGUCCACCGCUGAUUCCUCCACUUCAGAUGCUCCCACCACUUCCGACGUGUCCACCACCUCAGAUGUGCCGUCCACCACCGAAAAAACCUCCGGCUCCUCUACUUCCGCCUCACCUUCCGCCGACUCGACAACUGACUCGUCUUCGGCUGACUCGCCAACUGUAGCCACUACGUCAAGCACCUCGGACAAUACUUCGGACAGCACGUCCGACAGUACCUCGAACAGCACGUCCGACAGUACAACGGAUAACACCGAUGUAACAUCAUCGGUGCCCACGUUCACCACAAGCUCUGACACCAAAACAACCGACUCGACUACUGAUAAGACUACUGAUAAGACCACCAGUUCCUCGGAUACCACCCCUUCGACAUCCGAUGAACCCACCAGUGCGACGUCGGACUCCACCAGGUCCUCGCGCUCCACUAACUCGACGACCGAGCAGACCACAAAUACCGACGAUACCACGUCGGAUACCUCCUCCAACACCUCAGAUAGCUCCUCCAACACCUCGGGAACUACUGAGCGCACCACCGAUACUCAGAAGACCACGUCCUCAGACUCGACCACCGCAGAACGACCGCCAAGACCAGCUCCAAGAAGAAGAAGACCACUGUUGUUGCCGGUCGUCACCGCUAUUGUUGACGGCAGGACUACUGUGGGCACGCGCACUUCAGUCGACGGUGACGACGAGGCCAAUACGUCGAACGGGGACCCGUACACAUCUACCUACAUCGAGGAUGGCGAGACCAAGAUUGUCACCGGCUAUCGUGCCCGUAGCAGCACCGCCACAUCGGGUGCCCUGCCUGCUUUCCGUGCUUCGGGUCUGCUCUCGUCGGCUGCUGCUGCUCUGGCUAUUGCUGCUCUGUUCUAA